CCCCUAUAUCAGCCGUGCCCGCGGGGCAGCGCCGGCAGAGCGACCGUGACAGCCCCCGGCCCCUCGCCCACCCGCUCCAGCCAUGGACGACAUUUACAAGGCAGCGGUUGAGCAGCUGACAGAAGAGCAAAAAAGUGAGUUCAAGGCUGCCUUUGACAUCUUUGUGCUGGGGGCAGAGGAUGGAUGCAUCAGCACCAAGGAGCUGGGGAAGGUGAUGAGGAUGCUGGGGCAGAACCCCACCCCUGAGGAGCUGCAGGAGAUGAUAGACGAGGUGGAUGAGGACGGCAGCGGCACUGUGGACUUUGAUGAAUUCCUGGUUAUGAUGGUCCGGUGUAUGAAAGAUGACAGCAAAGGAAAAACCGAAGAGGAACUCUCAGACCUCUUCAGGAUGUUUGAUAAAAAUGCCGAUGGCUACAUCGACCUCGAGGAGCUGAAGAUUAUGCUGCAGGCAACAGGAGAGACCAUCACCGAGGAUGACAUAGAAGAACUGAUGAAAGAUGGGGAUAAAAACAAUGAUGGCAGGAUUGACUAUGAUGAGUUCCUGGAGUUUAUGAAGGGGGUUGAAUAAAUCUGAGGCCAGAUGGACAGCUUGACUCUCCUAAACCCUCCAGCUCUGCAUCUCAUCUCCUCGACUAAGUCCCCUGGCUACCGGCAUGAAGACUGAGUGCUGAGAAGGGUGGCCCGGGGCAAUAAAACCUGUUAAUACCCAGUG